AUGGAGCUGCAAGAGCUGCUAAUACAUGAAGGCGUGGCGUCCCUGCUGCAGGAGCACGCUCAGGAGUUUGCUGCUGACAGCAGCAGCAGCAGCAGCAGCAGCAGCGAAGGACGCUGCAACUGUUCACUCUGCAAAACAGAAGCAGCAGCAACAGCCAAAGUAAGAAGCAGAAUCGCAAGGUGCUGCGCAGUUGUCCUGGCGGGUGUCAUCGAAGAUGCAGCAGCAGCAACAAAGCAGCAGCAGCAGCAGCAGCAGCAGCGCAAGCAGCAGCAGCAGCAAAAACAGCAGCAGCAGGGUGGAAAGAGGGCCACAAUAGUCGGGUGCUUCAAAUUGUCAGAGUUCUGUGCAGCGGUUGAGGCAGAGACGCAGCAGCAGCAGCAGCAGCAGUUGCUGCUACAGUCUCUUCCUGCUGCAGCAGCAAAACAUCAAGAGCUGCUGCUCCGAGAUUUGCGCAGUGUACGGGCAGCUCUGCCACUCGGUGUUGAUAUUUUGGGUGUAUGGACACCUGCACAGCUGCAGCAGCAGCAGCAGCAGCAGCAGCAAGAGGAGCAGCAGAAGGAUGCGGUGAAAGAGCAGCAGCUGCAGCAACAGCAGCAACAGCUGCUGCUGCAGCAGUUUGCUGCUGCUGUCAAUAAAGCAAUGAAAGAUUCCACAGGAGCGGAAGCUGAAGGCGACAUCCCUGACUUCUGCAACAGCAGCAGCAGCAGCAGCAGCAGCAGCAGCAGCAGCAGCAGCAGCAGCAGCAGCAUGCGCAACGACUGUAUUGUAUUUGCUCUUCUUCCUUCUAACGAGCAGCAGCAGCAGCAACAAGAUGCGGAGAACCUUGCGGAGUGUUUUACAGCAUUUGAAGUCUCACCAGCAGCAGCAGCAGCAGCAACAGCAGCAGCAGUCGCUGAAGCUGCAGCAGAGAGACAGUUGAAAGUGCGGGUUGAGGACGUGCGGUGGAUGUGGCAGCAGCAAAAGAGUUUGCUGCUGCUGCACAGUCGGCUGCCGAUUGAUUUGCUGCUGUCUGCUGAGGCAGCAGCAGAGUGCUUGCAGCAGCAGCACAUUGCUGCUUGCUGCUGCAACGGGGGAUUGCUGCUGCCGUCGCUCUCUCCUGCUGCAGCAGAAGAGCUGCUGCAGCAGCUUCAGAUGCAAACGCAGUUGCUGCUGCAGCAAGACGGCGUAUUCUUCGGUCUGCCCUCUGGUUGCUGGGUGUCUCCUGCUGCAGCAAACAGCAACAGCAGCAGCAGCAGCAGCAGCAGCAGCAUGACGUUGGCUGCAGCGCUUUCUGCUGCGAAGAAAGCUGCGAAGCAGCAGCAGCAGCAGCAGCGUUCACGCAGCAGCGGCAGUGAUUGUAUCACGAACAGCUGCGAAGCAACAAGCGGAUGCCUGGAGUUUGCUGCUCAAGGUUCGCGGCUGUUACCUCUGCAGCAGCAGCAGCAGCAGCAGCAGCAGCAGCAGCAGCAGCAUAAGCUGCUGGAAGACUUGCUUCUGCAUGUCCCUGUGUCUCGCCGCCUCAGCAGCAGCACAACUGCUGCAGUUAGCUCGCAUAUUAUAUGUGCUGCUGCUGCACCUGGUGCUGGUGCUGCUGCUGCUGACACAGCUGGGCAGCUGCUUGGCCCUGCUGCUGCAGCUGUUUACCCUGCAGCAGGAGCAACAGCAGCAGCAGCAGCACGUCAGGCUGCUAAGGCGGAAAAGGAGCAGCAGCAGCAGGACGACGCGCAGCAGCUGCAGCAAACCCUUGAAGCACAAAGAGCAGCAGCAGCAGCAGCAGCAGGAAGAAGCAACUGCCGAUUCCUGCUGCAGUGCGAUGUAUGCUUGCUGCUGCGGAGAGACACGCAGCAGCAAGAAGCAGCAAAUCUGCUGCUUGCUGCUCUGCUGCAGCAACUGCGCUUCGUAGGCGCCUCUCUUUCGCAGAUGGCAGCAGCAGCAGCAGGAGCAGCAGCAACGCAGAGGCAGCUGCAGAAGGGACCCUUAGGCUCGCAGCCGCUGCUGCUUCAUUCUUUGCUGCAGCAAGGAGACACUUCCUUGCUGCAGUUUUCUGUCUCCUUUGCUUCUUUCCUCCCCUUCGACUCGCCGCUGCCUGUCACAGCCUGCAGCACGGAGCUUCCCUGUAAGCAGCAGCAGCAGCAGCAGCUACUGCAGCAGCAACUGCAGCAGCAACUGCAGCAGCAACUGCAGCAGCACAACCGACUGCAAAGGCACUCCCGCAGCGAUAGCCGCAAAUAA